CACAUGGACCCUUGUUUUGGAGAGCAGCACAACAGCUGCACAAAAUCCUCCGCCAUGAUGCUGCGCUGCUUCCCGUAGCUGCACAGCCGACACGAACGAAUGAAUUAAAGCUUCAGUGAGACAAACAACUGACUUCAGGAGUUGGUAUGCUAUUGGAGUGCUCUAGGGAUGCCCAAGGAGAAAUAUGACCCGCUUGAUUCCAGGCGGAUGUACACUAUCAUGUCCAGUGAGGAGGCAAACAGUGGGAAAAAAUCCAUUUGGGAUGGGCUUGAAAUAACUGGUAAUGUUCGGAGUCUCAGCUCGGGCCUUUGGUCACUCACACACCUCACUGCUUUGCACCUUGGUGACAACUCCCUGUCACGCGUCCCACCUGAAAUUGCCAAGCUGCACAACCUUGUGUUCUUGGACCUGUCAUCCAAUAAAAUCAGGAGCCUGCCAGCAGAGCUUGGCAACAUGGUGUCUCUCAGGGAACUGCUUUUAAAUAACAACCAUUUGCGGGUUCUGCCUUUUGAAUUGGGGAAACUGUUUCAGUUACAAACACUGGGGUUGAAAGGCAAUCCACUCACUCAAGAGAUUAUGAGCCUCUACCAAGAGCCAGAUGGCACCCGGCGACUGCUGAACUACCUUUUGGACAAUCUAGCUGGUGCUAUUAAGCGCAUCCCAACAGAGGAACCUCCAUCCAGAUCCUGGAUUGUGCUGCAGGAGCCUGAAAGGACGAGACCAACAGCCCUGUUAACUGUAAUGUGCUACAACGUGCUGUGUGAUAAGUACGCCACACGCCAGCUUUAUGGCUACUGCCCGUCCUGGGCCCUUAAUUGGAGCUACAGGAAAAAGUCCAUUAUGCAGGAGAUCCUCAGCUGCAAUGCAGAUAUUAUCAGCUUACAGGAAGUGGAGACGGAACAGUAUUAUAAUUACUUCCUUGUGGAGCUAAGUAAACAGGGAUAUGAUGGAUUCUUCAGCCCAAAAUCCCGGGCCAGAACCAUGUCAGAAUCGGACAGGAAACAUGUAGAUGGAUGUGCAAUAUUCUACAAGACUGAAAAGUUCAGCAUGGUGCAGAAACACACAGUAGAGUUUAACCAGCUGGCUAUGGCCAAUUCAGAGGGCUCGGAGGCUAUGCUUAAUCGGGUCAUGACCAAGGACAACAUUGGGGUGGCCGCAUUGCUAGAGCUAAAGAAUGAGUUAAUGGAGACAGGUAAGUCUAUCCAUGCUAUGGAGAAACAGCUCCUACUAGUGGCUAAUGCUCACAUGCACUGGGACCCAGAAUACUCUGACGUGAAGCUGGUGCAGACCAUGAUGUUCCUGUCAGAGGUGAAGAAUAUCAUAGACAAGGCCUCCCACAGUCUGAAGCUCUCCUCUGUGUCUGGAGAAACCAACACCAUCCCUUUAGUGCUGUGUGCUGACCUCAACUCACUUCCUGACUCGGGUGUUGUGGAGUACCUGAGCACAGGUGGGGUGGACUGCACACACAAAGACUUCAAGGAGCUGCGCUACUGCGACAGUCUGACCAACUUCAACUGCAACGGCAAGAUCAGUACAUCUAGCGAAAGGAUCACGCAUGGUUUCAAGUUGAAGAGUGCCUACGAGAAUGGGCUCAUGCCUUACACCAAUUACACUUUUGACUUCAAGGGUGUCAUUGACUACAUCUUCUACUCCAGGCCACAACUGAGCUUGCUGGGUGUCCUUGGGCCUUUGGACACAAACUGGCUCUUGGAUAACAAUAUCAGUGGUUGCCCACACCCUCAUAUCCCCUCAGAUCACUUCUCCCUGUUUGCACAACUGGAGUUGGUCCUGCCUUAUUCUCCCCCUCUUAAUGGGAUCCACUUACCUGGACACAGGUAGUGAGCCCUCCCGGCCACUGGUGGCGCUGCAGAGUCCCAACUCUUAUACGUUUUUUGAAAACGAUAAAACCUCUAAGCUGUUUCUUUUUUAUAUAUAUGUAUAUAUAUGUAUGUGUGGUGUAUAUACAUAUAUUUU